AUGGCGGCAGUUCGGACUCUCAGGAAAAUGUGUCAGCACUCUCACCAGCACCUGUGUCUCCUGCACACGUCUGCCUCGAGGCAGGAAGCAGUGGUGAUCUCAGGAAAGAAGCUGGCCCGGCAAAUCCGGGACGAGGCGCGCGCCGACGUAGAAAAGUGGAUGUUGGCCGGACACCGGCGGCCUCACCUCAGCGUCAUUCUGGUCGGCGACAACCCGGCAAGCCACUCCUACGUCCUCAACAAGACACGAUCGGCCGCCGAUGUCGGAAUCUCCAGCGAGACCAUCCUGAAGCGCUCUGACAUCAGCGAGGAAGAGCUCCUGGACCUCAUCUUCAAGCUCAACACAGACCACCGCGUGGACGGCCUGCUGGUGCAGCUGCCUCUGCCGGAGCACAUCGAUGAGCGUGCCGUCUGCAACGCCGUGGCGCCCACCAAGGAUGUGGACGGCUUCCACGUGGUCAACGUGGGCCGCAUGUGCCUGGAUCAGUCCAGCAUGUUGCCGGCCACGCCUUGGGGGGUGAUGGAGAUCAUCAAACGCACGGGCAUCGCCACCGUGGGCAAGAACGUGGUGGUGGCGGGCCGCUCCAAAAACGUGGGCAUGCCCAUCGCCAUGCUGCUGCACACGGACGGGCGACACGAGCGACCGGGAGGUGACGCCACGGUGACCAUCUCCCACCGUUACACUCCCAAGGAUCAACUCAGACAACACACUCAAAACGCCGACAUUGUCAUCGCCGCCGCAGGAAUUCCCAAUCUCAUCACCGCCGACAUGAUUAAAGAAGGGGCAGCCGUCAUUGACGUGGGCAUCAACAGAGUGCGAGACCCGCUCACCGGAAAGAGCAGGCUGGUCGGGGAUGUCGAUUUUGAAGGUGUGAGACAGAAGGCGGGCUUCAUCACACCGGUUCCUGGCGGCGUUGGGCCUAUGACGGUGGCCAUGCUCAUGAAAAACACCAUCAAAGCAGCCAAGAACGUCCUGCUCUAUCCCCCGGAGAGGAUCCGCAUGGCGGCCGCAUCCUAA